UUCCGUGUACGUCCCUCAAUUCCUUCCGUCCGACUGUUAUUGUAUGUAUGUGUGUGCACGCGCAAGUUCAAAGCAAAUCACGCCUGUUGUUUUGAAUUUAAAAUUGGACGAUUAUUUAGCUGUACCUUCUGUUAUGUAUUUAAAGCCUGUGACCGUAUAUUCGCAGCAGAAUGUUGAGUGUGGACUCGUUGCCAGUUGCCGAAGAAGAGGUGGUGGAGUCCAGCUCAAACAGACUGGGGGACAUCUACACUUUUGUUGCCGAGGGCUGUUAUCCUCAAACCAUGAACCCUAUUCGCAAGAAAAAUCUCAAAAGAUAUGCUCAGAAAUUUAUGAUUGAAGAUGGCCGGUUAUAUUAUGUUGGACCGAAGAAAGAAGAAAAGCGAGAAGUAGUGAUUGAGGCAGAGCGAAAGAGACAGAUAUUCCUGGAGUGUCACUUCAAUGACAUUGGGCAUCACCUGGGACAGAAAAAGACAGUUCACAGGAUUCAGAGUAAAUACUACUGGCUUGGCAUUGUCAAGGAUGUUGUGGAUUGGAUUAAAGUAUGUGAAACUUGUCAACACACCAAGCGGAAUAAAAACCUGGCCAGGACGGUACGACCCAUCAAGGUGGAUGGUCCGUGGGACAUUUUGGCCAUUGAAAUAAUUGGUCCAUUCCCAGGCACUAUACAUGGAGGGAAUACACACAUUGUUAUUAUUACAGAUUACUACAGUAAAUGGGUAGAGGCCUUUCCUGUACAAAAGAAAGAUGGUCUCUGUAUUGCACGAUGCAUUUCAUCAUCUAUUUGCAGAUUUGGCCCUGCAAAGACAAUAUUUUGCUCUCAAAGUGCUGACUUCUGUGAGGAGGUUACAAAGCACCUGUGUGACCGGUGGAACAUAGCAUUAAGAGUGCUGCCAGUAGACCAGCCGCAGAGGAACGCACUGUAUGAUCGCAGCAGUAAUCUGCUGAGAGAUGCCAUAAAACAGAUGGUGGUGGAGAAACAGGUAGAAUGGGAUGAUUUUCUUGAUCCAGUUUUGGCCAUCUUCAGGACGUCAGUCAACCCUACGACAAAAUUUACACCACACUUUUUAAUGUUUAACAGAAAAGCCAGCAUAUCUAAUGAGACAAAAUUUGAUCCUCUUAGUUGCUAUCCGGACCAGGAGGAGGAUACCCUUAAUGAAGAGGACACAAACUCUUUUCUUUCCUCCAUGCAGGAGCAACAGAACAACAUCAAACAGCUGGUAGUUACAAAUAUGAAUGUCGCCUACAGACAAGAAAAGAAAAAUGCAAAACGCAAGGCUAGAAACAUGCCCUCCAUCACUCUCACUGUGACCGACCCUUUGUUCAGCACAGAGGAAUCGCCCUCAGCAAAAAAGCUUAAGGAAAGCCUGUACUUGUCCUUUCCAGUAGAGACUGUCCUAACCACAAUACAGAAUGUACCUGAAGCCAAGAAGAAUGGCUUAGAAUAUCCUCUAACAGACACUGAUGUGCACUGAAAAUCGCUUUUGAUGGGACUGAUCACUAUCCGCAAAGUGUAUUUGCAUAGACUACAGCUUGAAGACCAGUAAGGUGGUCCACAGAGAGCAUAUCAAGUAGAUGAACUCAUGCUCACUUUCUGUUUCAGCACAUAAAUGUAGCACGAAUAAAAUCUUGUAUUUCAGCUCGAGGCGUUCAUUGACACUAAUGAUGGUCUUAGAUUGUGCUUAUUAUUUUACAGAAUAGUAUUUUUUACAAAGUGAGGUCAUUAUGUUAGUCGUUCACUGAACUACACACCCAAAGAUGUUUCUUUUGCUUAGGUGACUCAUGUCCCAGAACACAUUUUUAUCUGUAUUUCCUUGGAUGAGUCAUCUGAAGUACAGAGAUUUCAGUAUUAUCUGUAAAAAUGUUGUGUAAACAUUAACUUUGAAGGUUAUAAUAUUCAGUGCUCAUUAUCACAGAAAAUAGUUAUUAGUUGUUGUUUUGCCUAACUUGUUUUUUUUUUUUUUUGGUCUCAAAUGGUAAUAAAUGGAUUUGUUAAUCAGUUAUUCAAUCAGCUUUGCGGCCAGUGUGAUGCAUUACGUGCAACUUUCUGUUUGCCUUUGAAAUAACAGUUGAAACAAAGGUGCAAGAAUGCAGCCGCAGAUUGCAGCAGAUUUCACCAUAGAGCUGACCUCAUCUUGUUACUUGUGUCAUUUGGACAGCCUACAAAGUGGCGACAUGUCUUUAAAGUGAAGCCGUUUAAUGUUGAAACACUGUGUUCUCAUUUAAAAUUGUGUAUUCGCACAUCCAUUGUAAAACAUUUUUGUUAAUUUUAUGCUAAAAACUGACAGCUGAAAAAGUAGCCUACACUUUAGUAUACUUAAAAAAAAAAAAGAGAGAGAGAGAGAGUAUAUUAUGGAAUUAAAUGCAAACUUAAUGUAAUGUUUUGGACAUUUAAAUGUUACUUAAAAUGAAAUUUAGUUUGAAUUUAUAUUAAAUGCAAUUUGUUGAA